UCCCGCCGCCAGGGGGCGCCUUGCCCCGCGUGCCGCUGCGCGCUCCUCUCUAUGGUCCCCAGCUCGCAUUCGCUUCCGCUUCCGGUCAGCUCCUCCUCUCCGGGCCGCCGCCGCCAAAAUGGUGAACGUGCCGAAAACCCGCCGGACGUACUGCAAGAAGUGCGGGAAGCACCAGCCGCACAAGGUCACGCAGUACAAGAAGGGGAAGGACUCGCUCUACGCGCAGGGAAAAAGGCGCUAUGAUCGGAAGCAGAGCGGGUAUGGGGGCCAGACAAAGCCCAUCUUCCGUAAAAAGGCCAAGACCACCAAGAAGAUUGUGCUGAGACUGGAGUGUGUGGAGCCCAACUGCAGGUCCAAGAGGAUGCUGGCAAUUAAGAGGUGCAAGCACUUUGAGCUGGGAGGAGACAAGAAGAGAAAGGGCCAGGUGAUCCAGUUCUGAGCGUCGUCCUGCUCAUCGUUACGGACCAUAUUAAAGUAAUUAGAUUGA